GGGAUUUCAUAUCCGUAGUUUCAGAAAAAUGGGCAUAACCAGUGACGGUGCGCAAGUGUCCACCGUGAGGACGGCAUAGGCUGUAAGCACACGGAAGUGCGGCGCGCAGUUCGUUGACUAGAAAAAGACGUCACGAUAGUCAAAAUUUGAAUUAGAGUAAUCCUAAGAUAUCGGUGGUUAAGCCUAUCGAUCACGAGGACAAUUUCCUUCAACCCAACAGACUACGACCAUUAGUACAACUGCUGUCCGACUAGUACAUCGUUCUGACUAGGAGUACGAGCAUAAGGCGGCAAGUAGGCGUAGAGACUCUUCCAAAGAGACGUGGCAAGAUGCCGAACACGGCUACCACUUCCAAUUAUGGCAGAUAAUGCUAAGAAUUUUUUUUCAGGAGGAUCGAUUAGCUUGACUUAAUACCCCAUCUCCCCUCCUCUACCUCUUCUAAUCCUCGGCUCCGCAAGAGCCAGCACCGUCGAAAAAACAGACGGUGUUGCUCUCUUCGGAGCAGCCAAGAACAAGUGGCUUCGAUGCUAUCUUCAAAGCGCCGUCACAACUCGGCGUCCACUAUGAUCGCCACAUGCAGGAAGUGGCGGCUGGGAAGACGACAGUUAAGGCUUACUGUAUAAUUCAUCUUGAGACGAUCCAUCAAGUGUCUUGCGUUCGUAUUCGUGUUUGAAGAGAAAACUACAAGAACGGUCACUUCCAACAUACUUACACUUUAAGAUGGAUAAUUUUGGCAAGGUCUAAGACAGGGCAAGUCCAAAUUUCCAAGAUCGAUGCGGACAAAUACAUGCGUGAGUACCGAAAUGCAGAACAGCCACCGCCAGAAAACGUUAUUAGGAGACAAGUACUUAUAUUUACAUUAUCUUGAGUAUGCUACAAGCUAUGUGGUCUAAGUAGUAGAGAGGAGACCUAUGAUCUAUGAUUCAUUUUGGUCAACAAGCUGAAGCUUUUCUCUAGUCGUGAGAUAUUUUUUUUCCGAUGUUGAUAGAUCCUGUCUAGUACUGACUGUCCUAAAAUAUCCUGCAGGAACUUCACAGUGAUUUGACGCGGAUGCAGAGGCAUGAUGUGGUCAAAGAAGGGGAGAAGGACACGGAACUUCGAUCCGAGAAACGGGAAAAAUUUCUCGCGAGUCGGAAGCAGAGGCAUGACGAUGCUGUUUUGGAGUGCGAAGCGGAGAUAGAAAAAUUGCAUGAGUUAUGUCUAUCUAGAACGUCAAUCCGACUGAUGUGUUGCUCAAUUCAAAGAGAUUUGAUGUAGGAGAAGUUGAAUAUUUCCAUUACUCGCGUUUUCUGACAUGAUCCCCUCUUCAACAAGUUGUUGUAGCGUCUCGAAUGCUCACUAGGACUAAGUUGUUGGUACAUCAGUGAGCUGCGUGAAGUGAAUCAGUACCAAGCGAGAAUCCUGAAGAAAGCCCUUCUUCAUUUUCGAGUUGUAGCGACAAACUGCAAGGAUUUUCGAAGGCGAUGAAGGGCUACCUGCAGGAGAUGGAUCAAGAAGCGGAAAAGAUUUUGAAGCCUCUGGAGACGAAUAUUGAGGCAUUGGGGGAACAGAGUGAGGCCUGGGUUCAGGAUUUGCUGACGAGAUUGGAAGCAGGUAUAAAUAUUUUUCAUCACUCUGAAUCAAUAUCUUCAAAAAUUCAUCUAACUCUCCGUUGACGACGAGGGAGCAAAGAAAAACAUCCACAGUGACGUAGCUUGCGGCACCCAUUCUUGACGUGCAGGCAAAAAAAUCGACGAGCAAAAAAAUCGACACAAAUAAGACUCAUGAUGAACUCCAGGUAUCAUUGCCCGUGGUACAAAAAUUGAGGAGUUCGAUACCCAAUUACAGGAAUUAGAGCUCUUCCGAAAGCGCCAGGCCCUCGACCGAUUAACGGUAAUGGUUAACUCCUGCACAGCUGCAGCUCACUGCAGUCCUGGAGAGGUGGAGAGAAUAGUCGACCAAAAAUCGCAUGUGGUGAACACGCUGUCCUUGGAGAAUAGUCGGAAGGGAUCCGAGUUAUCGACGAAAUUGAGGGAACAGAAUAUGGAAAACUCCAAGAAGCACAGGAGAAGAUGGUACGAAGGCCUGUUGCGAUGGAAGAGACAACGCCAUCAGACCGCUGUCGAGACUGUCUUGUUAUGCUCCUGUUCUUGAUCAGAGGAGAGUGUUUUUUUGUUGCAGUUGGAGGAUACUACGACAACAUCUUCCUCAGGAAGAUGUUGUAGCUAGUAGCACCAGAAGUGCUACUAGUAGCGUGCUACUAGUAGUCAGUUGUACAACACCCAGGGCGAGAUACAACUGUGCUACAAUACUUUUCAUUUGCCUCUUUCACUAGGGCGGGCACGGUCGCAGUGUUCAGUACUUCUAAGAAGUCCUUCGAAGAAUCUUAGGACCGUUGUCUAGAAGAUCUAAGUAGAUUUUUUUUUCUAUCGAGCAUGAAAAAGUUCUUGAAAUCUUCUAAUUGUGCGCAGAAUCGAGAGUAGGGAAUUCCGUGGCUGUCCGGAGUUGAUUUCCCUCUUGGCAAGAAUCCGAGUUCAACAACGCGAUGUUUUUGACCAGCGCAAGGAGUUGCUUGUACAAGUGUACACUACGGAAAUUGAUGCUCUUUUAUGGUGAACAUUUAGUGUCCAUCUUUCUCGGCAUCUUGAUCCCCUUUUGCCUUGUAUUACUUCAUGAAAUCCAAGCGGAACAGCGGGGUGAUCGAGAUUGAUGAGGGGACCAAUAUGGAUUAAAGCUGAGUCUAACUCUUAACUCCAAUAGGUUACGCGGCAUCGAGGAACAGAUCACGGCUAUCAACGAUCGCACAAGUGAAGAGACGGAUAAUUUCUUGGUGGAACUGAAGGAAUUGAAGGAUACACUGCAGUACAAGUCCGAAGGGAUGCUGAAUCAACUUUAAGAUGAAUGGUACUACUAACUACUUCACUGAAUUGUACUACUUCACUGAGCUGAAUGGUACUACUUCACUGAGCGGCCUCAUACACUCGAAAACUCAAAAUAACCGAAUUACUGAAUGAAAUAAGGGAGGUAGCUACUACUAACUACUUCACUGAAGAUGAAAGAAUGGUACUACUGAUGGUACUACUAACUUCACUGUGCGGCCUGCCUCAUACAUAGAUACUUACACAAUGCUAUACAAGAGGCGCCAUGUGACAUGACAUGACACCUCUUGGACGAGGUUUGGUGUAUUUGCCAUCCCUUUGGAUCAUUUGGUUUUUACGUUGCUUCCUCUUCUCCAAUUUUUUGGUUACUGCCUCUCCAACAGCUCUAACACUCGCGCACCGAAUUGGAAAUGUACGACGCCAGGACAGAGUGGGGUGACCAUGAAAGUGUGAAAAGUCUAGUUGAGUCGGAUAUUAAACCCCAUAUGGAUAAUUGCUUGAACUGGAUCGAGACCCUCUGUUUGGAACUCGCAAACGUCCUGCAAACUUUGGACGAGUGGGCGCAUCACACGGUCUUGAAUUUGAACUUAAGACUUUGAUUUUUACUUCUUAUAGUUUUUUUUGCAGUCUAUCGAUCAUCUAGGAGUUACCGAUAUAGUAGGAGUAAAAAAGGAAGUACUUAGAGGGACCCGAUUUUUUUCUGAGGUUAACCUCUAAUUUGCACAUUCGCAAUAAGGACCGCCACUUUGCUGGAAACCUUCAAGCAACAGCUGAGCGAGCUGAAAAUGAAACAGCAGGGCGAAAUCGAAGAUUGUACUACUACUGUUUUCAAACACAGACAAUAUACACGUCUUCCGCCUGUGUGCAUCUAGUAGCACUACAUCAACCUACCAUUACACCCUGCAUACAGGCAUCCAGUUUGUAUAACCAAGUAAGUGCGUCGUCAAAGUAGCUCCGACCACUACCAACAGGCAUCCAAGACCAUGACGAUGAAAAGGCGAGGAAUGAAGGAGAAAUGCGUAAUUUCAAGGAGCUGAUGGAAGAUGAGGUGCACAUAGAGGGAUUGGACGUCUUAUUACAUUAAGGGAGGAGGAUCUUGCGUCAUGCAUACUCAUGGUAAAAAUAGAUAGCCACUGUCACCAUUAGUAGAAGCUUCUUCUUUGCCAUUUUUAGUACCAUGUAAACCGUGGAUAGAAGAAGUAAUUCCUCUUUUUUCUCCGACAGACCCUCCACCUGCCGAAUGACAAUCCUUCACCAUCUUGAUCUUCUUCUAAUCUUCGAAGACGUUUGAUAAGCUCGAUGUGAUCGCGCAGAGCUACCGCGAUUUUGCUCGAAAUUUGCUUGACAUUCACAAGAGUUACGAGCCGAAAAUCAUGGAGUUUUUCGAGGGACAAACCGACACUUUUGCAUUUCCAUUUGGAUUGGAACGCAAGCUGGAGUUAAGGCUAGCAUAUCACUAUCUGGCAUUAUUAUUUUCAUCCUUUCGGAAACAGACUAGUCCAUACUAGAGCCAACUAUAACAUGGCGUGGAAGAAUAUGCCGGAUAGUGAAAUUCUAGCGUUAAUAGACGAGGAGGACGAGGACGAGGAGGAAGAAGCUGCCGCAGCCGAGGAAGGAGCGGAAGAAGAGGAGGCAAAAAUAUGAUCUGGGGUCUACUACUACUACUAGGCACUACUACUACUACUAAUAUCCCUAAUACUACUCCUAUUACGACUACUACUCUUAUUUGAGGUGGACUGAACAAAUAUGCUAGGUUUUCGAUGUUACAGGUAGUUUCGACGACUACAGUGAGCUCCCAAGAACAAGAGCCAUAGAAUCUCCUACUGAAAAAACUGCAGUAAGUAACUUCUAGUCUCCCUCUGGCUAUUCUACUCAUCUCGAAUCGCCGACAACUUCUGGGGUGAAGCACCCUUAGCUUUCUUCCCUUCUACUCUCUAAUUCCCGACAACUUCUGGGGUGAAGCACCCUGAGCUUUCUUCCCUUCUACUCUCUAAUUCCCGACAACUUCUGGGGUGAAGCGCCUGA